CUGCUCGACCUCCCCAUCCUCUCCCGAUUCCUGUGUGCGGUAGAGACGACAACAGGCAUGCCUGCUCAACCGUUGGACGCCGAAGAGCCGCAGGACGCGCAAGGCGCCGCCGCGCCCAAGAAGUUUCCCAAAGGCGUGGUUCUCGGGCCUGACGGGAAGCCUUGCCGCUCAUGCACCUCAUUCGCUUCAUGGGCCGUCAUGGCUAAAGAAAAGACCAAAGACCCCAAUGUCGCCACCACUACUACCACAACACCGCCUGCGGCAGGCACUUCCUCACUCGCGCCGCCGGCCGACUGCCCUCCAGACGUCGAGCAACUAGGCCGCUCUUCGUGGACGCUGUUGCACUCCAUCGCCGCCCAGUAUCCUCAGCGUCCCUCGCCGACGAUUCAGCGCGAGACCUCCACCUUCAUGCGCACAUUCGCGAAGCUGUAUCCAUGCUGGACGUGCGCUGAGGAUUUCCAGAAUUGGCUGGCUGUGGACGCCAACGCGCCGCGCGUCUCCUCGAGGGAUGAGUUUGGUCGCUGGAUGUGCGAGGCGCAUAAUGCCGUCAAUGUCAAGCUGGGCAAGGAAAAGUUCAACUGCGACAGGUGGGAAGAGCGGUGGAGGACUGGCUGGAAAGACGGGAGCUGCGAUUUUUAGCGUUGCGCUGGGGACGGAAAAUUGCUAGACAUGGCUCAGUAUGGAGCAUUUGGCAUUUUGCUAGAGAGCAUUGCAUUCAUGCAUGGCACCGGCGUUAGCGACCAACAUAGAUCUAAAGAGACAGCAUCGGGUCCUGGGGUAUCAGGAACAUGUACGAGUAUUGUACGAUAUUCGGGUUAGAGACUUAGAAUCUCACUUCAUCC